AAAAUAUGACCAAGUCAAGUGUAAAUAGAAAAACAGCAAUGCCAUUUGUUGUUAUAGGAGCAACCUUUGGUGGUUCCAAGUUGUAAGCACCUUUGUUUGAUUAGCAUCAAAUAAAUUCGGUUGUUCCUUGUUUCACAGCCUCCUAUUAGAGUACCACCCCAAGAAGAAAAGGGACUUUUCUCUCUUCAGAACCCUUUUGUUGGUGACAAUUUUUGUUGCAUUUUGUCACCACCUACUUUCCUCCCUGUUAGUCCAUUGAUCAUAAUCUAGAGGAGGAUGAGGAACAUACCCUACUGUGUUAGAUGAUGACCAUUGUUUAUGGUCUUAUAUGUGAUUUCUGAUACUUGAUUUACCAAGUUCAGAAACACAUAGAGUAACAAAACAGUAUAAGAAAAAAAAAAAACAUAACAUAAGCAAAAAUGAAUGACCUAUUCUCAAGUUCCUUCAAGAAAUACACUGAUGUGGCGCCGCAGAGCGACUACAUGAACGAUGUGGAGGCCGGAAAGGAAAGUAUCAAUCUGGACAAGUUCUUCGAAGAUGUGGAGAAUGUGAAGGAAGAGAUGAGAACCAUCGAGAAGCUGUACAGAAAGCUGCAAGAGGCGAAUGAAGAGAGCAAGAUUGUCCACAAUGCUCAGACCAUGAAGGAUCUUCGCGCGAGAAUGGACCAAGACGUGUCUCAGGUCCUGAAACGUGUGAAGAUGAUCAAGGGUAAGCUGGAGGCUCUAGAAAGGUCCAACGCAGAAAACAGAAAGCUUCCGGGGUGUGGUCCAGGGUCCUCAGCGGACAGGACAAGGUCUUCGGUUGUUAGUGGCUUGGGGAAGAAGUUAAAGGACUUGAUGGAUGACUUUCAAGGAUUGAGGGCCAGGAUGCAAUCGGAGUACAAGGAGACAGUGGAGCGCAGGUAUUUCACAAUCACUGGGGAGAAGGCAGAUGAAGACACCAUUGAGAAUUUGAUCUCCAGCGGCGAGAGUGAGAGCUUCCUCCAGAAAGCAAUUCAAGAACAGGGGAGGGGUCAGAUUAUGGACACCAUUUCUGAAAUUCAGGAGAGACAUGAUGCUGUCAAGGAGAUAGAGAAGAACCUUCUUGAGCUUCACCAGGUGUUCCUCGACAUGGCAGCUUUGGUGGAGUCUCAGGGCCAACAGCUCAACAACAUAGAGAGCCAUGUUGCUCAUGCCAGUUCCUUCGUUCGCCGCGGCACCGAGCAGCUUCAGGAAGCUAGAGAUAUUCAAAAGGACUCCAGGAAGUGGUACUGCUAUGCCGUCCUCCUCGUCAUUGUCCUCAUCAUUGUCCUCCUCUUCCCUAUACUGAUAAACAUAGCGCCUCACUUGUUUUGAUUAAACACGCUAGAUUCACCAUGUUUUGUGCCUCGCCAAAUGGCAGUUUUGAUCAACAUCACUUCACACAUUUUCAUUCAUAGCCAGAUAGCCUUCAUUCUCAUCACAACUUUCUCUGAAGCUAAGGAUCAUUAGAACAAAGGUUAUUCUGAUUUUUCUUUUUCUUUUUUUGAAUUCACAUAGAAUUGUAAUAGGAAGACUACAACAGAAACAUGAGCAUCACAAUGUUGUAACCAUAAUGGUUGAAAUACUUACUUAGUAA